AUGCGAAAUUCAAACAGUCAAACGUUCGGUGCAAUUAUUCUCCUAUUAGUUAUAAUAGCAAUAUAUUGUCACACAAAUAUGGAUGAAAAUUUUGUCGCCGAUAUUGUACCUAUGGAUAUUUUUGUCGCACCUACAAAAUCAAAACAAAUGAGGAGUGAAUUAAAGGAAAAAGAUGACAUAGAAAUGUCAUUGGCUAUAUCUGAAAUAACCGAAUCAGUUAACUACAGAAAAUCGUCAAAUUUAACAAUUUUUGGAAAUGAUAGCUCGGAAAUUGAAAACACAGAUAAUAUAAUUGCAUUUUACGAUUCUCGACGUAUCUCAAAUCAUGUGGAUGAUACGCCAGUGACUAUAUUAAUUGCUAUUAGUGGCAUUGCUAUUAUGGCUGCAUUUGGCAUUGGUAUCAAUUAA